UAUGAAGCCCUCAUUAGUACUAAGCACAAUACUAUUAACUCUGACCAUCCUAUUCCUAGCCAAUAUUGAUGGUUGUCAUGGCAAGAUUGUGCAAUUCAUAUUUGGAGACUCCCUCUCUGAUGUUGGCAAUAACAGGUACCUCACCAGGAGCCUUGCUCAAGCUAGUCUGCCGUGGUACGGUAUCGAUUUCGGCAACGGCCUCCCUAAUGGAAGAUUCUCUAAUGGCCGUACCGUUGCUGACAUUAUAGGGGACCAGACAGGUCUCCCGCGGCCGCCAGCUUUCCUAGAUCCAUCGUUGAGUGAAGAUGUGAUAUUAGAGAAUGGUGUGAAUUAUGCAUCCGGUGGUGGUGGAAUUCUAAAUGAAACUGGUGGCUUAUUUAUACAGAGAUUCUCUCUGAACAAGCAGAUUGAGUUGUUCCAAGGAACACAAGAGCUUAUCAAGAGCAAAAUAGGAGAAGAUUCGGCUGCUAAAUUCUUUCAAGAAGCACGUUAUGUGGUUGCAUUAGGGAGUAAUGACUUCAUUAACAACUACUUAAUGCCGGUUUACAGCGACUCAUGGAACUACAAUGAUCAAACUUUCAUUGACUACUUGAUGGAAACCCUCCAAGGACAGCUUAAGCUAUUGCAUAGGUCAGGGGCUCGGGAGUUAAUGGUGUUUGGGCUAGGGCCAAUGGGAUGUAUUCCACUCCAAAGAGUGCUAAGUACAAGUGGAGAUUGUCAAGAUAGAACAAACAAGCUAGCAUUAAGCUUCAACAAAGAAACAAGCAAGCUAGUUAACAACUUGUCAGCACAAUUAGCCAACGCUAGUUACAAGUUUGGAGAUGCUUAUGAUGUCGUUAGCGACGUGAUUAGCAAUCCGCACAAAUACGGGUUCAAUAACUCUGACUCGCCAUGCUGCUCAUUCGGGCGAAUUAGGCCUGCGCUUACAUGUGUUCCGGCAUCGAUAUUGUGUAAAGAUAGGAGUAAGUAUGUGUUUUGGGAUGAAUACCACCCAAGUGAUAGCGCUAAUGAGUUAAUCGCUAAGGAGCUUAUCAAGAAACUCGGAUUUGUACGCGUCGAUCAGAACAAUGUUCCUGCUCCUGCUCCUUCCAUUGAUGGUGAUGUUGCUCCAUCCCCGGACGAUUAACAAAAUUGUUGCAUGACCUAUAUCUUAAUUAGGUUUCUUUGUAAACUUUGAUGAGUUGGUCGGUGUACAAUGAUAUGAGUACAAGCUGUGAAUUCAAUUCUGCUUUUGUAAUUGUUUUGGCAUUUGCUACUACAAAUAAGGAAAUAUUCAUUCUUAGUGA